AUGAGACUCGGAUUACUUUGCCUCGUAUUGGUGCUCUGUGUUGCCUCCACACAAGUCGAUGCCUUCAGAUUAAGAAACUUCGGCACUGGCUUCAGGAAAAUCAUCAGAGAUGGCGUCCGAUUUUUGUUUGGAAGAAGAGAUAGGCAUCAACCAAAAAUAGAAGGUCAAGUUCAAGCUGAUGAACCCGUCAAGCCAGGUAUGUUACCCAAAGUACCCGUAAAGGAAUCACCUAUGAAGAGAACUAUCAUUGCCAUCAAGCAGGAGACCCAAUAUGGCGAGUAUUUGUAUCUCCGUGGUGGUGGACCAGAAGGCAAGAAAAUAAGCAUCAAACACAGAAUCGCUCCAGAAGAUCAAGACAGUUUCUACGCCUCCACAUCCAAGGGAGAUAAUUACUUGGAUUGGGGAAGCAAUGAAAUCGGACAAGGUGUCUAUGAUGGAAGAAUUGUUCCACAAGGAACACCAAUGAUGUGGACCACCAAUGAUGAAGAGUACGAAUCGACUGUCGGCAAGGAUGGUGCUGGAUAUUAUAAGUUGAAUGUCCAAGCCGGUCAUUAUUGGUUGGUAGAUUUAGACAUGAACUGCAGCCAGACUACUGAUGGAUGGUUUGAAUUCAAGGGAUAUUUGACCUCUAAUGGACAACUACCAAUCAGAAACGGAUGGGAAAGAAACUUCCAAAAAUCAAAAUGUAACUCCAAAAAUGGAAAAAUCACCUUCGACAAAGCUGAUCCCGUUGCUAACAACCAUAUUGGAAGAUGUGGAGAAUUCAACUUGGUUCAUUUUGAAGACAGCACGUGUUUCAUUCAUUCUCUUGAGGAUAUCGAACAAUGGGCUGAAGAUUUCCAUGGUGAUAACCCCACAGUUCAAGAUUAG